AUGGCCAGCACGCAGGCCGUCCUUCCUGAGCGUCCCUCCCUGGAGGCCUGCAGUGCCCAGGAGGCCAUGCGGAGGCCUGAGGGCCGCAGAAGUGACUGCACCCAUCACGGUGACGCGGAUCAGCCCGCCCCGGCCUGCGGGGCCUGCAGCGCUCGGUCAGCCCUGCACCGAGUCAUCGGCGAGGCCCUGGAGGGGGACGCCCUUCAGGGGGGCCAGCUGCCCUCUCCCAACAGCCCAUGUUCUUCCUCCCGCUCACCUAACCGCUCAGGUGCGAGUGAGGACAGCCGUGGUUCUGGCCCCAAGGAAUGUGGAGCAGACACGCAGCUGAGGGGCCCAAGGUCCAGCCAGGCCCGGGCCUGUCCCGAGGACACGGGCCCCUCCAGUCUCUACUCCCGCGCCUCAGACUCCCGCAGCCGCUACGUGAGGAUGGAGGGGAAAACAAUUAUGCCCCGGCCCCACCCAGGAUGCCCACCCAGCUGGGGGCUGGCUCGUCCCUGCUCCCUGCCGGCCACGGGCUUCUUGGGCUUUCACGUGCUCCUCGACCUGCGUGCUCUGGGCACCUCCCGUGGGUCAUCCCUGCCAGAUCCAGCCCUCACCAGCCACCCCGGGCUCCUGGGGGCGGGGCCGAGCCGGCCCCUGCGCAUCCUCAGUGCAGACGCCCAGCCCGAGCAGGAACCGAGAACCGUCAUUGAUGAGAGACGGGCUCUCCUGGCUCCCCCGGUAGCCCCCAAACUCCUUCGCUCCCCAGCCAGACUGACCCCCACUGUCAGCCCCGGGGUCCCCUGCCUCCCGCUGACAGGGCCCCGCCCUCUGGUGCCCCCAGGCCUGCUGGGGUCUUGCAGCCUGCUCGCAGCGGAGGCCAGCCCCGUGAGCCCGCGCAAGCAGCAGGGCGGGGCGGCGGGCGGGAGCCGUCACCCGGGUCUGGCCCUGGGCCACGGCCCAGCAGCGCCCUUGGCACGAGCCCCCGCCAGACUCCCCUUUCUUCCCCGUGGCCCCGCGGCUUCCUGCUCCUCUCGGCCCCGGAGCUGGGCCUGCCUGGCCCUCCAGACAGCCCGAGCCUCCCGCUCGGCCACGGCAGCCCAGAAAGUGACCACAGCGUCUGGGGACCUUCCGAACCCUGGAUCCCGGCCGUGGCCCUGCCUGCUGCCUCCGGGCGCCCAGACGUGGCACAGGCAGGCCUGA